UCCGGAUACACCGGAUCAAUCGAUCUUACCUUCCGACACUCAUCAUCGAGUCGCUGUUCCGGUCUUCAACACACAACGGGACUCCUACGGGCGUAAAUUUCUGGAGACGUAAAUGGACGGCCCUUAUGCCCACUCUGGUCUAUGGUGGCGAAAGGGUCCUGGAUAUUACUGCUGAUUUCUAAUUGUCAUGCCCCGGUCUUUCGCUUUUGCUGGCUCCAACUUAUACGGUGCCUCAUUGGACUCCUGUACUUAAUAUGCUAUCAAGGUACACCUUGCUUUGGUCAUGAUGGUGGCGCUUGUGCUCAGCUGCUACCAUUCCUUGUUCUCUAUUGGCGUAGCGUUAUCUUCAAUGCUCUUGAGGCCAUAAGGGCAUAUGGCGCAUCCUGUGGGCGUUUGUGUUUCACAUUAUUUAAGUCAGGCAUGAUUGUAUGUGUCAGAUGAUGGCACAAUGAACCUGAACUGGGACUAAUCCCUUUGAUCCAUUCG